AGCAGCUGUGCAUCUCAGAAAUACUCAGCACUGCCUUUGGGGUUCAGAAAAACUGCAGGAGAGGAAUGCAGAAUUGACCUGAGUGAGGUGUGGAGUGGGGGCAAGUGUUUUAUCUGGACUGAAGGCACUUGCCCAGAGUCUCCGGCACUCAUAGGACGCACUGCAGACAUUGCAGGCCUGAAGAAAGCUUCUUUUUUGCUGCCAUGGCAACCACACAAGGACUAGAAGGGACCACAGGGGCUGGCCCUGAUGUGCACCAGCCAGAGAAGUCUGAGGUUCUAUACCCACAUCAGUGGAAAUGGAUGCCAGAGAAGUUCUUGAAGGGGGAACCUAAAGUUCUCGGGGUUGUGCAGAUCCUGAUUGCCCUGAUGAACCUCAGCCUGGGAAUAAUAAACAUUAAUGUCAUGUUUCCAUUCAAUGAGUAUCAUUAUUUGUUAGAGCAUGAGGUGUACAAAAUUGUGGGGUCGCUGAUGUUUAUUGUUUCGGGGUCCUUGUCAAUUGUAGCAGGGACUAAAACUACAAAAGGCCUGAUCAGAAGUAGCCUGGGGUUAAACAUCUCCAGCUCUGUCUUGGCUGCAUUUGGGACCUAUUUCACUGCAAGCCACUUGAAUAGUUUCCGAUACAAUCUCUUUCACUGCGGCACUUAUGAGAAGACGGAGAACUGCUUCCUGUCCCUGUAUAUUUUCAUGGGUUUGGAUGCUAUGGUGAUCCUGUUAAGUAUGCUAGAGUUCUGCGUUUCUGUGUCCCUCUCUGCCUUCGGAUGCAAAGUAACCUGCUGCCAUCCUGAGGGGGUUAUGUUGAUUAUGCCAUCAAAUCCUCACAUGGCAGAAACUGCAUUUCCUGAACCAUUUUCAGGAGGUUUGAUGCCACCAACAGACCAACAGCAAAAUGUUCCAGAAAAUGCAUCCUGACAGUUGUGCAAGAACCCCAUUUGGGAAAGUACCAGAAUCCAACUCUGGUAUAUACAUGAUUCAAAGUGAUGUUCUCAUUUUUCCCUAAGAACUCGACCGCUCAUUUUACUGGCUCUUUAUCAACAAUAGCAGAAAUUAAAUAAAUAAA